AAGGACAGCCGUGCGUCAGCGAAAGACCCCAAAGGGCCAAGAUGGCUGCCCCCGUGACGGACGCCGGGGAGUUCGGAAGCUGGCUAAAUGAUCGGCUAGACUCGCUGGACGUGGACCGUGAGGUGUACGGGACAUAUAUUUUAGGGGUCUUGCAAGAAGAGGAGAGUGACGAAGAGAAAGAAGAUGCGCUUCAGGGGAUUUUAUCCGCAUUUCUGGACGAGGACAGUGUGGAAGACGUCUGCAAACAGAUCAUCAAGCAGUGGACAGACUAUUGCAGCCAAAGAGCAGCCAAACGUGACACUGAUGACGUUGAGGUCCAGGCCAUCGCCAGUAUGAUAGAAAAACAGGCUCAAAUCGUGGUGAAGCAGAAAGAGGUGUCCGAGGAGUCAAAGAAAAGGAAAGAAGCCCUCCUUGCUCAAUACGCCAAUGUCACAGAUGAAGAGGAUGAAGGUGAAGAAGAGGAGCUACCAAGUGGAAAUAACUUGCCCGCAACUGACAAAUCUCUGUUCAAGAACACCAACGUGACAGAGGUUCUGAACAGACAGAAGCAACAGCGGGACCAGGCUCGCGAAGACUCUCAGAAGAAGAAGGAAAUGGACAAGAUGCAGCGGGAAAAGGACAAACUAGCCAAACAAGACAGAAAAGAGAAGGAGAAGAAGCGUACACAGAAAGGUGAACGCAGAAGAUAAAACCAAGAGAAAGGACACUUUGUAUAUGAGAAAGGUUUUGUUACACAGCAAAAAUGAAAAACAACAGUCAUUGCCUCUCUUUAUGUAAACCUCAUUAGCACCUUUUUUAGUAUGUGAACAUGACAUCAUCAGACGCUCCUUGUUAUAUUUACUUUUUUUGCAACUCAUAUGUGUAACGAAAAAACGGACGCUGAUAUAAACAGAUAUUAUAAGAUGUUAUCUAGGAAUAAAGCUGCAAAUCUUUAUACAAUGAAUACUUGUGACACAGUCAAGUCUUAUGUCGUUGAUCAAAACUGAUCUUUAUACAUAUCUGCCAAUUUGUUGUUGAUCCAGCUGAAUGAGCUGCAUGCUUUUGGUCAGGCUUUGACAUGGUAAUCUCUGAAAUGAUCAAAGUAUACACCUGAAACAUAAAUCGAAUGGAUCACAGUAAAAAAAAAAAAAGAUAUUAUCUGGUAAUCUGAUAUUAUGUGCUGUGUCAAUAUUUUGCCUUCUAAGUGUUCAUGUCAAACUUUUUUUUUCAUUUUGAUGCUUUACAUUUAAGUUUUACUGUCUAUGCAUUUUCCUCUGAGAAUAAGAACAAAGGAGCGGUUGCUAAAUUAUACCUCAAAUUUAUCACAUACCAUGAUUUGAAUGUUUAAAAUGGGGUUUGACAUCUUUUUAAAUUAAUAAAAAAAAAACAUUUUGAGCAA